CACCGCGGAUCCUGCACCCCUGUGGAUCAGAUGUCGUGAGCCGUUUCUGGGCUGAGCUGGUUUUUCAGUGCAUCAAGAAGCAUGGAGCACCAAGUAUCCAUCAUGUCUGACUGGGUUCUCCUCGGGCUGAUCGCGGCGCUGGUCACGCUGCUGCUGCUGACUGUCUUUGGUUUCGUUGUCUACUCGGGGCUCUUCACGGAGGUGGUUGUGAGUGCCGGCUCCCCGCCUGUCAGCAACAUCACGCUGGCCUACAAGUUCAGGGUAGGCCCGUAUGGUGAAUCCGGGCAGCUCUUCACGGAUGGCUGCAGCAUCUCCUCAAAGCUCUGCUCCAUCGGCAUCUACUAUGACAACCCUCACACGCAGCCCAGAGGACUUCUCCCUCCUUCUUCCACCUCUGGAAGGAACAAAAAUAGCUCCUCAGCAAGGACUGGAUGUGGCAGGCGGGUGUCUCCAGAGAAGUGCCGCUUCGCCAUAGGCCGAAUCCUGAGCGAGGGAGAUGCAAAGCCAUCGGAAGAGCAGAUCAAGCGGUUCCAGAAGUAUGGCUUCAAGAUCUUCUCCUUCCCUGCUCCAAGCCAUGUGGUCAUGGCGUCCUUCCCGUUCACUACGCCAUUGUCCAUCCAUCUAGCAGUCAACCGUGUCCACCCAGCCCUUGACACCUACAUCAAGGAGAGGAAGCUGUGUGCCCACCCCCGUAUCGAGAUCUACAAGGAGGACCGCAUCUACUUCGUGUGUCCCCUCGCCCGCCAAGGGGACUUCUACGUGCCUGAAAUGAAAGAACUGGAGAGAAAGAGCAGGGCUGCAGCAGCUGAGGCUGAGGAUGCCCAGACAGACAUCACAGGGGCCGACACGAUGAGUGAGACGAGCUCAAUCAGCAUAGAGGCCACAACCGACAGCAGAGACACCUCGGUGGCCACCUCCAUCCUGCUGCCCUUCCCAGCCAGCCGUGGCCGGGAGGAGGCAGACAACCGCAGCGAGCACAGCUACAGCGAGUCGGGAGCCAGCGGCUCCUCCUUUGAAGAGCUGGACCUGGAGGUCACCGGGGAUGGGGAGGGAGCCCCAGGCCUGCUGCCUGACAUGGGCUACACAGGCAACCAGGAAGUCACAGACAAGUGGACCAAGGAGCCCACCGCUGCCGAGAGAGGAGAAGAGUGAAGCAGAGACCUGGCUGCCUCGCCUCCCACUGGAGUCAGAGUUACAGGGAACCAGUCGCCUUUCCCACCUCCUUCCUCUCCAGCCAAGAGAUUUUGGUCGCUGAUUCCCCCCGGAACCCGCUCUCCCUCUCUGCAGAAAGGGUGUUUGACCAUUUCAGGGACACCGGGAGGUGGGGGGGGGUCUCCGGCAGUGCUCGGCGGUGUGGGGUAGGUGCAGGCUUGGGGGCCAGUGAAAUGCAUUUGCUGUUUGUGUGUCUAGAUGCGUCGCAAAUUCCUCGCAGGCGUCUUGGGGGGUGUGGUGGAUGACAGAGGUGUCCCCCCUCAUCUCUGCCAGUGCCCCUCUCACCCACAGCUUCUCUCUGCCGGACCGCCGCGUGUUUUCUAGCACCAAAGAGCUGUGAGUAGGGUCAGUUGGGUUUGUUCCCCUCUUCUCUUCCCUUUGCUGAAAAAUGGAAACAUCCCAUGUAAACCUGGUCCUCCUGGCACUGCCACGGGCACUUUUGGGGUCUGUAAUAAAGUGGAUGCUUUUCCUCACUG